ACGACUCAUCCAUAACUGUCAUAUAAGUAGCAAUAACAGUUAUGUCCGGUUGCAAGAAACUCAUCCUUCUCAUCCAGAACACAAUAGUCAAUCACACCAAAAGCAUUUGUAUCCGUCUGCUAAUCAACAGUAUCGUAUACAUAAUGAAGUAAUUAAAAGUUGUCUGUAUCCUGCCACAGCUGAUGUUGCUAGUGAUGCUGGUGGUGCAAUGAAUUGCAUUUCUGGUGUUAGUUACAUUGCUUGCAAUUUGGCUAUGACAAGUGCACAUAUUCGUAAAAUCACUACUACAAAUACUAAAAGUAAUAUUAAUCAAUUUUCAAAUCGAACUUUGGCACCAAAUUCCAGUGGUAUAUCACAAGAGACGCUCAACCAAAGCGUUGGCUCAUCACGGGCGAAUUCUCUACCUCGACCAAUAUCGCCGUCACCGUCCGUUGUGAGCGAUAAAAAUGAUGGAGAUGUACAUGAGAAGCAUGAACGUGAGGAAGAAGAUCGAAAACGGCGUAUACAAUUGUACGUUUUCGUUUCACGUUGCAUAUCGUAUCCUUUCAAUGCUAAACAACCGACGGAUAUGACCAAACGGCAGCCGAAAAUUGCCAAGCAACAACUGGAGACGAUUGUUCUGCGAUUCCAAGCUUUCUUGAAAGGUGAGACGCAAAUAAUGGCUGAUGAAGCAUUCCACAAUGCUGUACAAAGCUAUCACGAUGUUUUCCUGAAAUCGGACCGUGUACAAAAAAUGGUGCAGUCUGGAGCCUGCUCGCAGCAUGAUUUCCGAGAGGUUUUUCGUAACAACAUUGAGAAACGUGUAAGACCACGCCACUUCGCGACUUUUCUCUACUUCGGCGACUUAACGACUUCUCUCUACUUCGGCGACUUAACGACUGCUCUCUACUUCGGCGACUUAACGACUGCUGAUGCCAACGACGAACAAUGAUGCCACCUCCUUACACUCGGUCAUCCUGAUCAUCAUCUGACCCGGAUGAUAAAACUUGUGCGUCUUCUAUGUAUUUCCACAGCUUCAUGUUGUCUGCACUUGUAGAUGUUUGUCCUGGUCCCUCGAAAUCUGCUGCCUUUUCAACCUUGUAUCUGCCAUUCUGUUUAACUUCUACAAUUUUAUACGGACCUAUAAAUUUGCUGCUCAACUUCUUGCCCGCCACAAAUUGUGUCUGUCUAAUCGCUACCAAAUCAAACUUUUGGUACCCAGUAUGAGGUUUGCGUCUUUUGUCAAAGUUCUUCUUAUAUACUGCUUGUGCCUUCUGAAUAGCUUCUUUCGCUUCCAUCCCAACCUUCUGCCGCUCAUCUGCAAAUACAGUUAAAAUUUCUUCUUCAAUCGCUCUUACCACGUCCGGCCGUGUCUCGCUUCGAAUUUUUACUCCAAAGAGUACUUCGAACGGUGUGUACUUAGUUGCCGAAUGAACGUGUGAGUUAAUUGCUCUCUGCACCUGUCCUAUGUACUUGUACCACUUGCUUGGUUCCGUUGCUGACAGCUUUGAUAAAACUGAGAGGAUAACUCGAUUUACUCUUUCGAUUUGUCCAUUGCCUCUUGGAACGCCAGUGGUUGUCUCAACAUGCUCAACAUUACGUCCAGCGCAAAAUUCUUUAAAUAAUUUUGAAGUGAAUGCUGGGCCCUUAUUGCUUAUAAUCCUUUGUGGGCUGCCAAAAAUAUCCACCCACGUGGUCAAAUGUUUCACUGCGUCUUCGGCGUCUGUCGACUUUGUUGCAAAUAACCAAUUGAAUUUGUUAAAACCAUCAAUCAAGGCAAAAAUAUAUUUGUAACAUUUCGCUGUUGUAUCUAAUGGGCCUAGAUGAUCAAUAUGAAUUGUACACAAUGGUGUAUCGCCUUUAUUUAUGAUAUGAAAAAAAUCAUAUUGCUUCCCCAUUUUACGAUUAUGUAAUAUACACUCGAUACAAUUAGCAAUAUGUUGUCUGACCUUAUGUUCUAAAUGUGGGAUAAAGUAGUCUUGUUCAAUUCCGUGCAUAGUUUUCUGCACACCCAUAUGCCCGACACCAUGCGCUUUAUCAAUAAUUUCUUUCUCCAUUCUUUUUGGCACCGCUAAAACGUCACGCCCACUUAAUUGUUUGUAGAUCAAUUCAUCUUUAAUAACAAAAUUUCUAUACGCUUUCUCUUUUAGAAUUUCUGCUACAGCUUUCAAAUGUUCAUCGCUUUGUUGGGCUUUUACUAUUCGUGCUCGAAUUUCAGAUGUAACAACAAAAACUGGAUAGCGACUUAGCGUGUCCACGUGUUUCAUCCUGUUCCCAGUUCGGUGUUCGGUUUUAAAAUUGAAAUCUUGCAAAUACAUUAACCAUUGAGCAACUUCGCGUGGAACGUCUUUUUUCGUUGUCGUCUGCUUGAACGCUAAGCAAUCCGUGACUAAAACGAACUCAAUACCUAGUAAGUAAUGUCGCAGUCUUUUUGUUGCCAAAUAAGCAGCUUUUACUUCUAAAACAUAGCUAUGCAACUUUUAUUCGUGUGGCGUAGUCUUUCUGCUCCAAUAAUACACUGGAUGCCACUUACCGUCCUGUAGCUGUAAGAGUACACCGCCAAAACCAUAUUUAGAAGCAUCAACGUGAAGCUGAGUCUUUGCCGUUUGCUUAAAAAUCUUUAGGACCGGCUCUUCUACCAAUAUUGCUUUCAACAUAGCUACUGCUGCCAGUUCUUCGUGUGCAAUCUUGAAUUCUGUAUCUUUUUUAAGAAGCUGAGUCAACAGCUUCGCUAUCAACGCAUAAUCUUGGACGAACUUCCUAAAAUAACCUGUCAAACCAAGAAAAGCUUGUACACUUCUUAAGUUGUUUGGUGUAGGAAAAUUUUUUACUGCCUUCAAUUUUUCAUGGCCAGGCCAGACUUUGCCAUCCUGUAUGGUAUGACCAAGAAAAUUUAUGCGAUUUUGUAAAAAUUGGCACUUCGACCGCUUGAUUUCUAAACCGUACAAUUGUGCACGCUGCAAAACCCUUUGCAUAUUUGCUAGACACGCUUUUGCUGUUUGCCCAAACACAACUAUAUCGUCUACAUACAACUCCAUUAUACCCUCGUUGCGCAGGCCCUGAAAGAUUAUGUUCAGAAAGCGCACAACAGCUGGCGAAUUGCAAAAUCCAAAAGGUGCUUUAUUAAACUCAAAUACGCCCUGCUUUGUUAUGAACGCUGUGUAUUUUUUGCUAUUUUCUUCUACCGGCACGUGAAAAAAGCCAUUCUUGAGGUCCAUAACCGUGAAGAAUUUGGCACUUUGCAUUUUUUCUAAAACAUCUUCUACAAUUGGUACUGGAAAGCGAUCUUUUAAAACGAGACAAUUCAAUUUUCGGUAAUCAAUGCACAUUCUGAACGUGCCAUCUUUUUUUUCGCCAAUACUUUGCUUACUACAUCGGAAACAGACUCCCGAAUAACACCCUCUUGUAAACAAUCUUCAAUUUGCUGCUUUACCACCGCGUUUUCCAUUGCCGACAAUCGACUGGGGUUUUCUUUAAAACAUAUUUUGUCAUUACUGGGAAUAAUUUUCAAAUGUACAGGGCAUUUUUCAGUUGCAUUGUUUGGCGAAUAGUUCAUUACCAUUUGAUUUACUAUAUUCUUGUAUUUAUGCGGCACAUCAAUUUCGUCCACGCCUUGAACAUUAAAAACUGUUGCUAUACUGGUGUCUACGCCUUUCUCUGUAAAUGUAUACCCGGUCGCAUUCACCGUCAACGUGAAUUUUUCUAUUAGGUCGAAUCCAAUUGUGCAUCGAACAUUAUAUUAUUGUCGUCUACCACUAGGAUUGUAUGCUCGGUUUUCAAGCCAUCUACUUCAAUAGUACUAGAAAACAUGCCUAGAACGUCGGUAUUUUUGUUACCUAAACCAUAUAACUUUAUGCUGUUUGCUUUUAGAGGGUAUUGCUGAAAUAAUCUUUUGUAAGUGCUAUACCGCAUGAGCGUGACAUCUGCACCAGUAUCCACAAGACAAUUCACACUGUUCCCACCUAUUCUCAUUUGCUUAAACCUCUUUGAAACUAAGUUGACGUUUUGUUUUGCGCAGUUUUUCGCAAUGUGACCAUUUCCAUUGCAUUUGAAACAUUUCGUUUCCUCUCUACACUCUGAUCUCACAUGUCUAGUCGAUCCACAGUUAUAGCCAGAGAACGUAAAUUCAUAGAGAAGGCUCAGGAACGAAUGGGCAGGUUAAAUGUCAAAACACAUCAAAACGAGGGUAGGAAGUUAACAGUAGAGAGUUAACAUAGCGGAGCGUAGUCAACAUAGCGGAACGUAGUCAACAGAAAUAAAUAUAGCGUUUGCAUUGAAAUGUAAAAUGCCAUGAUUUGAUGUUAGGGAAAAGAAAAUAACAGCAGACUUGUACAUUUUUCUUUCAUGCUUAUUUGCCGUCGGCAUUUUGCAUGCGCAAAUGGAUUAUUUCUUGUGAGAUGAAUAAAUUAAUUCUAAGUAACGCAAUAGCACCGUAGGCCUAAGUAGCUAGAGUGCUCUAUCAGUUAGUGUUAUAUUUCAUAUUUCUCUAAUAAAUAAUAAUAAUAAUAAUUCUAAGUAUAUGCAUGCACGAAUAUGAAAUUUUAAGUAUCUCAUUGACUAAAUUGUAUUGAAUUUAGGUCUAUUAUCAAAAUUAUUCAAAUAUCAUAACACAAAAAAUAACUUUGUAAACCAUUCAUUUACAUCAAGGUUUAUUAUUCAGCAAAGUGUUGAAUUAAUAUAACAUCUACCAUCCAUAUUCAUGUGGGCAGAAAAAAACAUGACUUGCCUCAAAACCCAGCUCAUACACCUCUCAUACAGAUCUACAUAUGUAUAAAGAAUUCAAAGCAAAUAGACAAACGUAUGCAAACAUAUUUCUAAUAUACAUAUGUAUGUAUGUAUGUAUGCAAA